CUGUGGAAUAAGACACUUAAGUGAUCGCGCGCGCGACCGCGUCACUUUGCGGACAUUUAUAACAUCUUUAUAUUUAUAGAGAAACCCUUUUCGCGGUGCAAACUCUGACUUUCUCGGGAAAAGCUUUGUUCCCGCGCGUCACGCAUUUCGCCGUUUCCGACGCUCCCGUGCGGCAGCCGAGCCGAGAGGAAUUACACCUCCAGGACUUUGUGAACUUACUCAACACAAAGUCACCAUGGCAGAGACGUCGGCGGCUCCGGCCAAGGCGAAGAAAGCGUCCAAGCCCAAGAAGGCUGCGUCUCAUCCCAAGUACUCGGACAUGAUCAAAGCGGCCAUCGUCCACGACGCCAGUCGGAGCGGAGCGUCCCGCCAGUCCAUCCAGAAGUACGUGAGGAAGAACUACAAGGUGGGCGACAACGCCGACGUGCAGAUUAAAAUGGCACUGAAGCGGCUGGUGGCGUCCGGGAUGCUGCGCCACACCAAAGGCAUCGGCGCGUCCGGCUCGUUCCGGCUCACCAAGCCCGAAGACUCCAAAAAGUCCGCCAAGCCGGCGGCACCGGCCAAGCCCAAGAAGGCGGCGAAGCCCGUCAAGCCCAAGAAGGCGGCCAAGCCCAAGAAGGUGCCCAAGACCCCGGAGAAGCCCAAGAAGGCGGCGGCCAAGAAGGUGAAGAAGGUCGCGAAGAAGGCGACGCCGGCGAAGGCGAAGAAGGCGCCGGCGAAGAAAGCCAAGGCGACCAAAGCGAAGGCGAAGCCCGCGAAGAAGGCGGCGAAGCCCAAGGCGAAGUCCCCCAAAAAGGCAGCCAAGUCUGCGAGGAAGAAGUAAAAACGGACAAUAGCCCGCACAGCAGCACUGUACAUAUUUAAGAAAGUGUUUUCGUAUAUGUAUUAUUUUUGUAAGGUCUCCUGUAAACUUCUGCGGUUUUCUAGUAGUUCUCUCAAUUGCACUAUAGCCUAAAGAAGCUGUAGAAACCAGUGAACGUUUGACGUUAAUCACGCUGAGGUCCGUCUGAUCCUCGGACACAUGUUGGCGAGUUAAAGGAAUAGUCUGCGUGUACAUUUGGACUAAACAGACAGUGUUUGACUGCUGAGCGUAGUGGAGGCUGACAGUUCAUCCUAAAGGCGCUAGUUGUUGUUCAAGCUCCAUGUGUACAUUUUCUCAUGUCCACGCGGCUCCUAACAAACAUCCCACCGUGUCCGGUCACUUUUAAAGACUGUUUAUACUUCAGCCCAAUAAACCUUUGCCAUCUUCUAUUAAAUGCUUUUGUGAA